CAAAGGACUGCUGCUUGAUACUUGCUCUUUAGCACCGGGAGUUAUGUACAUGUUUGCUAUAUGCUGUUAGGGUCUAUAUACAGUAGAGAAUACCGGAUCAAGGUUCUACUUUUCUUCUAAGCCGCUCUAAUUUGUAGACAGCAAAAACAUAUAGAUAGAGACAGAUAUAAAGAUAGAGAAAAAAAAGAGGGAGAGAAAAGAGAGGAAUGGAGAUAGAGACUGACAUGAAGCAAUCAAAGUUCAAGAGGAUUUGUGUUUUCUGUGGGAGUAGCCAAGGCAAGAAGACUAGCUAUCAAGAUGCUGCUAUUGAGCUUGGCAAAGAAUUGGUCUCAAGGAACAUUGAUUUGGUCUAUGGAGGGGGUAGCAUAGGCCUAAUGGGAUUGGUUUCACAAGCUGUUCAUAAUGGUGGUCGGCAUGUCAUUGGAGUUAUUCCCAAGACGCUCAUGCCUCGAGAGUUAACUGGUGAAACAGUAGGGGAAGUGAAGGCAGUUGCAGAUAUGCAUCAAAGGAAAGCAGAGAUGGCUAGACACUCGGAUGCUUUUAUUGCCUUACCUGGUGGUUAUGGCACUCUGGAGGAGCUACUUGAGGUGAUAACCUGGGCUCAACUUGGCAUUCAUGAUAAACCGGUAGGGUUGCUGAAUGUGGAUGGAUAUUACAAUUCAUUGCUGUCAUUUAUUGACAAAGCUGUGGAAGAAGGCUUCAUUAGUCCAAGCGCACGCCACAUCAUUGUAUCUGCACCAACCGCGAAGGAGUUGGUCAAGAAAUUAGAGGAGUACGUUCCUCGUCAUGAAGGAGUUGCUCCAAAGUUGAGCUGGGAUAUAGAGCAGCUUGGCUAUCCUCAACAGUAUGACAUUUCCAGGUGA